AUGUUGUGUGAAGUGACGGCAGCACAAUUGCCGUUGGUUGUCGACACGACGACGGGAACAAGAACAAACCAAUCGAUACGUGAAGCUAGUCGUCGGCGGCAUCAGCACUGGCAAACCAAAGAAGAAAAAACUAAGCAAUCGGAGGGCGACUUCACUGACGAGAACGUUGGCCUCAUCAGUAAAACGAAGAAAAAGGGCAAGAUUUUAGAGCGAACCCCGUUACUACAUCGCCCAAUGUCAUCAGCUGACCCAGUCACGGUCGAGUUUGGUCGUCGACUUGAGCGAGAAAGUGAGGAGCAUCAUGCCUCUAGUGACGAUGAAGGAGCUAAUACUGGAGAACAAUAUGGUAGCACCACGGGUGCCGAUUUCAAGGCUGUGGUGGAUGAAGCGAUACGAGCUAUACAUAACGGAGUUUUUCCUGAACGUAUUGCACAGGGCUCAAGUGGCUCAUACUUUGUGAAAAAUAUGCAAGGGAAAAUCAUAGGUGUUUUCAAACCGAAGAACGAGGAACCAUAUGGUCAUUUGAAUCCGAAGUGGUUGAAAUGGUUUCAUAAGAUAUUUCUACCGUGUUGUUUCGGAAGAAGUUGUCUCGUCCCAAAUCAG